GAUGCAACAGAGCGUAAACCCGUACGAAGUCUGCACCACCCGGACGUCUUCUCGUAUAUAGUUUCGACCGCCUACAGUCUAUUCAACUGCGGUUACAUUGUUCAGGCCUACCCUGAAAAGCUUCACAAGCUAUACGAUUACACUGACAUGAUUCAGGUGUAGCCCCGCCAAACGUUCAGUGCACAAGCUGUACAAUUGCACAUACACAACUCGGGUGUAGUCAAUCGAUAGGUAUUGCCUCGCUAAAUCCGCAUUACCUUCCAGAGGAGAUUGCAUUUCUGAUGAGUGUUGUUUGCUGGUGAUUAUGUUAGAGGGACACUAGCUUGGCACUUGAUGCCACUGUGACAACAGUCUGUUCAUGCUUUGGGAGUUAUUGUCUACAUGCUGAAAUGCUUGGAUCGUCUUUGCUGAUCAUAUUGGUUUCUACAGUACAGUAUGUCCCAGUGUGCGAGUGGGGCAAGUAUGGACACAACUGUGACCGACUAUGUUCAGAUCAGUGUAGACUUCAUCCUGUCAGAAACCUUCGACACUGUCACAAAGAUACUGGGAAGUGUUCAGAAGGGUGUGUUCGUGGUCGGCAUGGUGACCACUGUGAUAAAUUUUGUAGCCCGAACUGUAUCAAAAACUCGUGCAUUCAACUCAAUGGGAAAUGCAACAUCGGGUGUAUGGAAGGAUACAGUGGAUAUUUCUGUAACAUAACAACAGUUCCUGCAGUACAGGGUGUCCCAGUGUGCGAGUGGGGUAGGUAUGGACACAACUGCGACCGACUUUGUUCAGGUGACUGUGGACUUUACCUUGGCACAAAGCUUCGACCCUGUCACAAAUAUACUGGGAAGUGUUUACAAGGGUGUGUUCGUGGUUGGCAUGGUGACCACUGUGAUCAACUUUGUAGCCCCAACUGCAUCAACACCAUCUGUAACCAAGGCAACGGGGGAUGUACCAUCGGGUGUAUAGAUGGAUACAGUGGAUAUUUCUGUAACACAACAGCAGUUACGCAAAAACAGACAACAGUUUCUACAGUACAGGGUGUCCCAGUGUGCGAGUGGGGCAAGUAUGGACACAACUGUGACCGACUAUGUUCAGAUCACUGUGGACUUUACCUUGGCACAAAGCUUCGACCCUGUCACAAAUAUACUGGGAAGUGUUUACAGGGGUGUGUUCGCGGUCGGCAUGGAGACUACUGUGAUCAACUUUGUAGCCCGAACUGCAUCAGCACUAUCUGCAACCAAGGCAACGGGGGAUGUACCAUCGGGUGUGUAGAUGGAUACAUUGGAUAUUUCUGUAACACAACAGCAGUUUCUACAGUACAGUAUGUCCCAGUGUGCGAGUGGGGCAAGUAUGGACACAACUGUGACCGACAAUGUUCAGAUCAGUGUAGACUUCAUCCUGUCAGAAACCUUCGACACUGUCACAAAGAUACUGGGAAGUGUUUACAAGGGUGUGUUCGCGGUCGGCAUGGUGACCACUGUGAUCAACUUUGUAGCCCGAACUGUAUAAGAAACUCGUGCAUUCAACUCAACCGGGAAUGCACCAUUGGGUGUAUGGAAGGAUUCAGUGGAUAUUUCUGUAACAUAACAACAGUUUCUACAGUACAGGGUGUCCCAGUGUGCGAGUGGGGCAAGUAUGGACACAACUGUGACCGACUAUGUUCAGAUCAGUGUAGACUUCAUCCUGUCAGAAACCUUCGACACUGUCAGAAAGAUACUGGGAAGUGUUCAGAAGGGUGUGUUCGUGGUUGGCAUGGUGACCACUGUGAUCAACUUUGUAGCCCGAACUGCAUCAAGACCACGUGCAAUCAACCCAAAGGGGCAUGUACCCUCGGGUGUAUAGAUGGAUACAGUGGAUAUUUCUGUAACACAACAACAGUUUCUACAGUACAGGGUAUCCCGAUGUGCGAGUGGGGCAAGUAUGGAGACAACUGCGACCGACAAUGUUCAGAUAAGUGCAGACUUCAUCCUGUCAGAAACCUUCGACACUGUCACAAAUAUACUGGGAAGUGUUCAGAAGGGUGUGUUCGCGGUCGGCAUGGUGACCACUGUGAUCAACUUUGUAGCCCAAACUGUAUAAUAAACUACUGCAUUCAACUCAACGGGGAAUGCACCAUCGGGUGUAUGGAAGGAUUCAGUGGAUAUUUCUGUAACAUAACAACAGGAUCACAGAUACAGACAACAGGUGAGGGUCACAUUACACAGAGUAUACAGUGGAUGUGGAUGUUACCUGUUGCGGUCUAUAUCUUUUCGACAAUUUGUUGAUGGAAGAGGAAGCCAAGGCGUUGUAAGUAAUAUAAUUCUUUUUCAUAUUUUACUUGAAGCAUACUUUGACAAUAUACAUGUAUGCAUCUUAGCAUCUUCUGUUGCAACCAGCCAUCUGGUGAGUUGUUGGGAUGUGGACGUUCUUGUUUCACAUUUACGACUGCCUCUGCACUAUUGCCAGAACCAGCAUGUGACGGCAAUGUCAUGUUCCUUGUCUGGGAAUCUAGCAAAGGGAAUUCACUAUUUCUCAGAUUAUUUGAGUAGAUAUUUUUAACAAUUCACACUGCUAUCUCUGACAGCGACGUAAUUCACCAUUCACUCAAGCCAACCACUUGGGCAGUUAGGUAAAUACAACACAACCAAACAACACACGGGUGAUAGUAUGUCACAUUAUAGAUGUCUACUGUAGCCACACACACAACGGUCUUUACCCCCAUGACAGCCACCCCUAGGUAUCUAAUGUAGCCACACACACAACAGUCUUUACACCAACGACAGCCACCCCUAGGUGUCUACUGUAGCCACACAAACACACACAACAGUCUUUACACUCAUGACAGCCACCCCUAGGUAUCUAAUGUAGCCACACAUGACACUCAUGACAGGCACACCUAGGUGUCUACUGUAGCCGCUCAGAAAACAGACUAUAACACCAAGACAGGCACCCCUAUGUCUCCACUGCAGUAACACAGACAACAGACAAUAACACAGAAAAAGG